GGGUUAAAAAUAUGUCUUCAGUUUGGGAUUUUAAAUUUGAGAUAAACUAGAAGAUUAAGUAUUGUCAGGGGUUGACAAAGUCUCCUACUUCUUAAGCUCCAAAAACAACUUAAAAAGCAGAUGGAUUAUCAGAAAUUACAUGUUGACUAAAGCAGGGCUAAAAACAGGGAUGUUUUUUAUGUCUCCAGAGAAGAAAUUGUUUUGAAGACGCUUUGUUUUUAUUUCAUCCAGAUAUUUGAUCUCAAAUACUGUAAAUGACCAACACAAGUUUCAUCCUCAUGUCUUCACUACACUAAUUUCUGUCACCCUGUAAACACUAUUCUCAUUUAUGCCACAGGGAUAUAACUUGUUAUACAGUUGUGCUAUUAUGAGGAUGAAAUAUUUAAAUCUUUUAAGGAUGUUAUCAUAUUUGUUACUGAUCUGUGUAGUGUCUGAUUCUGGCAACUUUAAAACAAUGAGAGCACAGCUACAGGCUGAAUAAUAGUGAGUAGGAUUUUAUAGAAAAGACUAAAUCUUGAAUAAAAAGAAUCAACAAGUCAGUAAAAAAGGGAUAGCAAAAACAAGAUUAAUUCAAAUAAGUAAUCUCCAAAACUAAGACACAGUUUGGUGACUAGAGUUUAAAAUGAGGCUUUUUUCUGACAACCCAGACAACAAGUUCCCAGCAGUAAUUCAAAGUUUCCAGUCAGAGGUAAUAAACACUUGUCAGAACCAAAGGCUUGAUGUGUGAGAGUUGCCAUUGCCUGUAGGUGUAUACUUCUUCGGGCUCUUCCCAGAGUCUGGACCACGGCUGGUCUGUCCACUGUAUCUUUGUGGAAAAUCUCCUGGAGGGAGAUCUUCAUCUCCUGCGCGCGGCUCUUUAGCGCCCCUCGGAGAGAAAGCCCAUAAUCGCAGAAAAGCCUCUAAGGAAGGAAGCGCCAUACAUCGGUGAUGAAGGGCAGGGCACCGGUAAAUUUGGCACUAGGUGUCUGUUGUGACAAGCAAAACUUUCCAUAGCUGUAUAGAGUCAGAAUCGGGCAGAUCAUGUGACUCUGUGGUGUUGACGAUGGCAGCCACCGUAAAUACAAAUAUUAUUGUUUAAGGAAAAAUGAUACACACCCCUCUCCUCUCCUCUCUCCCUCCCUGUCCCAGCAGCAUCACACAGGAGGGGGAGAGGGGAGGGGGCACAGCUUGUUUAUGUUUAUGUGAGUGCGCGCGAGCUGGUGAUGCUUGAGCUGCUGAUCUAAUAAGGCUUAAAAUUAUUUCUCGUUUCAUUCACUGUGAGGCAGCAUCAUUUCUUACCCAUCUUUCAAGUGAGCAUCAUUCAAUUAAAAUGCAAUUCUCGUCUCCCCCUUCCACGGAUAUUUAAUUAGACUGGAGAGCAGGGCUUCCACUGUCUUUUUUUUUCUACAACAGCUCUUCGGAUUUCACCUCUAAGGCAUAUUUUCACUCUGUUACUCGUUGGUUAAACAAGGGCAUGUAUCCAUUUGUUAAUUGAUACAAUUACGCAUUACGCGUAAUGGUCACGUAGGUCUCCAGGCGCGCAUCAAUCACUGGUCUAUUGACCUGCCAAAAACCCCUGUAACCGCUCCUGCUGGGACUGCCCUUCUGUCUAAUAGAGAAAGAUAGAAACAUCAUCGUCAUUAACUCCGGGAUGGACCUCUGGCCAGAGAGCCAGAGGCGAACAGAGGUCGAGAUGAAAAGAGGAAAGGGAGAGGAAAAAAAGUCAAAGAUGUGUUGAUUUAAUCAGAUUUAAUUGUGACAAGUUAUACAAAAACGUUUAAACAGAAAAUACACAGCGCACUUUCAAACUAACAUAUCUGAUUCAGAAAUAUCCCCUUUUCACUUAUUUACUUAACUUCACAAAGAGACUCCAUGUGUUGCAAUGCCACAAUUCAAUAAGGAUGAAAAAUAAAACAAUUUCCGGAGCCUUUAUAUCGCAGCGAAUCGGUGAAGAAUUCUAUUAGAAAAGCUGUACAACAGUGUGUACAGUGCACCUCAAGAAAAAGCCAGCGUCGGACGUGAUUGGCAAAGACAUUAUUCCAUCCUUGGUACCCUGCCGUUCCGGGAUUACAGUGACGUCACGCUGAUACCCUUGCAUGGAUGAAUGCUAAAGAACUAUAGAGCCACAAAUAAUAGCACAAGCAGAGUCCAUAUCUUGCAAGUCUUACGUUAUCCUUUAAGCCUCCUUCAGCCAACACAACAACAUUUUUUUUUGCACUUAAUGACGCUUAAUUUCAUUUCUUAUCGGGUCCUCGGGGGGGAUUAUUCAUUCAUAUAAAACAAUCUGCAGCUGGUGCCAGCCUAAAGUCUCCCUCCUAUGAGUGAAGUCAUCUAUUAUUGAGCGAAAGGCCGUGCGUGGAAAUGUGUGGAAGACGGUGGAUUUGAAGUAGAAUUGGUUGCAAUCGAUCAAGGGUGAAGAAUAUUGCUGAUGGUAACAAAAGAGGCAGCUAUGUCUUUCUCGCAAUUUGGAUACCCUUACAAUGCAACUUCCCAGGUAAGACGCUCUGCUUUUCAUUUCUCCUAACUUCUGUGUACACACACAAAUGUCUCUUUUGUCGUGUUGUCAGAUUUUCUUUCAUUUCGAUUAAGUCAGAGCACUUUUCUGCUAAGAAACAAGCAGAAUUAGUGGCUGCUUUGACGGUGCUGACAGCUUUUUUUUCCGUGUGCUGCGUUUGUUGUUGAACCAAAUAUCGAUAUACACGCACCCGUGUCCAAUUACACUGAAUUAUGAAUGAACUCACGUGUUUUUCUGAUGACAAUAGAGAUGAAUGUCACCUAUUGCUCACUACGAGGUGUAAUUGGGCUGUGCUGCAUGCUGCGAUAACUUUUUAUUUGGAUAUCUGGGAUGGAUUGCAUUAAAGAGACAUCUCUAUAACAUAUAAAAACAUUUUUGGACUCAAUUAAAGUUGUUUAUUUACAUUUUAUAAACAAAUAUUGCCUCUGUGACAAGUUCAAGGAAGUUAAAGUCGAUCCGAGGACAAAAGUUACUCUGAUGAAAAAGUUGUCACCCAACUUCUGUAAUAUUUGUGAAGUUUGAUGAAUCUGAAAUGACAUGUGUCACAUUUUUCUUUGAAAUUAGGAUUGAAUUCACCUGACACUCACCUCACCAUAACUCUUUCUCAUCUCUCGACAAAUUUAGAAACCGAUGAUAACCUGGAGCAGGUCACUUUUACGCACAGAUUGCGCACGAAUCUUUCUAUCUUAAUGUCAACUAAAAUGUAUUUUCUUGAUAACAUUUUCUUUCACGUGCUGUAUACCAUUGUCGUUUUGAUGAAAACACUCACUAUAGAUAUGGAUACCUCGUGUUACAAACUUGUUUCUGUCAGGAUCAGAAUUUAAAGGAACGUGACUUACCUCAAAUAAAGGCAGGUCACAGGUAAAGAUAAUAACACGUGAUUCACAAAAAGUGUACAACACGCGGAUAAAAGCUGACACUUUCUCUCGUUUAAGAAUCACACUAAAAUCACAGCAGACUGGUGAACUUAACUUCGUCAUCUUAGUGUAGUGCAGUCACUUCAGAUAAGAGCAGAAACAUCCUCUGACCAUUAUCUAUCCAUGCUUCUCUAAAUGCAGUUUUUCGUGUCGGCAAACCCCAGUACGACUUGCUGCGAUUCGAUCUCCAGGACAGUCUCUGACGGGACAGGCGGCUCCCAGACCGCCGCCGCCGCCGCCGCUGCCUCCUUCUGCUGCCCGUCCUACGAGAACCGGCUCCUGGCGAGCAGCCGGACGGAGCUGAACGCGGCGCUGGGCAUGUACAGCUCCCCAUACGCAGCAGCGGCAGCAGCCAGCCAGAACUACGCCAACUACUUCCCCUACAGCACCGACCCAUCCGCGAUCUACUCCACUCUGGUGGGUUCAUCUGAUGCGCCAAAGGGGGGGAGGGGGACUCAGCAUGAUCGAUCAGAUCAACCGGGUUUUUUGUUCAUCAAUUUAUCUGUCACUGCUAACAUAUCCGCCUCGACAUGCCGUUUAAUCCUGCUUCCAGCCUGAUCUGCCUCUGCAAAAAGUAAAAAAGCCUGUCACUAUAGUGCAUGGGGGAGUAGUGUGUAAGCAAGGCUGUGGAGCUUGUGACAUUUUUAACAGUACAAUUUUUAUUUUAAAAUAUCCUAAUUGUUCUAGCAUGGAAAAAAUAUAUCUAUAUAAUGGGGAUGUUUGCUCCUGAGAUAUAUCAAGAAGUUAAAAAAUAUAUUUUACCCCACAGUCAGAAUUGUUUUCUGUGAAAAAGUCAAACUUUUAAGGCUGCACAUGACUUCAUUACCUGUUAAUCUUACAUUUUGAGGUGUUAAAAAGAAAGAAAAGUUUGAAAAUAUCUUUUUCAAAAUACCUGAAGGCUCAAAAGAAAAAAUAUAUAAUUGAUAAAUUCCAAAAAAUUAACAGUCCCAUAAAAGAUGUUGAAAAAUACUUUUUGUUAAAUGGUAAACUUGGGACGAAUAGCUUGUUCUCCAAGCCAAUAUUAUUCAGGUGUACACUUACAUUUUUAACAGGACAAUAUAGCUUGAAAUAUGGUGAAACAUUUUUAAAAAGAUUGUUUACAUAAGUCUUUAUUUUUGAAUAUUGCUUGAAUCUUAAAGGGACGUUUUUGUCUUUGACAGAAUCCACAGUACGACAUUAAGGACAGCACGGGCACUUUACACUCUGGCAUCACUCAGACGGCUGCAUACUAUCCUUAUGACCACUCACUGGGACAGUAUCAGUACGACAGGUAAGUUCAUGUCUCUGCACCUUCAGAUAUCUGAAGUCUUCCAUCACUGAACAUUAAAAGCAGUCAUUCAAAGGGGGAACAGUUCAAAGGUCAGAGUGUAACUCUACACUGAUACCUGCAUGGAGCACAGCUGUAUGAAUUUUAAACAAUGGGGAUACAGGAUGUCUGAGUAAACAGUAAAUUUAAUCCUUCACUACCUGAGCUGCUCUAAAAGCUGCUGUCUGGGCUUUUUCAAAUCCAGAUACGGGACGGUAGACUUUAACGGCACAGCCAGGAGAAAGAACGCCACCCGUGAAACCACCAGCACCUUGAAAACAUGGUUAUACGAGCACCGCAAGAACCCAUACCCCACCAAGGGUGAGAAGAUCAUGCUGGCCAUCAUCACCAAAAUGACCCUCACUCAGGUGUCCACCUGGUUUGCCAACGCCAGGAGGAGGCUAAAGAAGGAGAACAAGAUGACCUGGUCACCAAAGAAUAAGGCGGGUGAUGACAGAAAGGAUGACCUCAGCAAGAGUGAGCAGGACUGUGUCACCAAAGGUAAAACAUUUGUCUGGACCUUUACAAAAGUUCAACUAAGAUUACAGAAAUGGUUAAAAGUUUUUUUUAACUAACUCUGUCAAAGUGGGAAACUUGAUGAACAGCAUCCCCUAAAAAUCUCGUCUCUUUCAUGCAGACUCCAGUGAUUGCAAGGAUGAGAAGGAUCUGCACCUAAGUGAUCUGGACGACAUGGAUGAGGACGACUGUGACAAGCUGGACAGUGACUGUGAGAAGGUGGCUGUAGAUGAGCAGGACCUUCAGAGGGCCAUGGCCUCUCAAAAGAGAGACUGCAGCUCUGACCUGCACCUGAGUUUAACUAACAGCUUCCAGACGUUCCCUUGCGCCAUCAAAAGUGUAACCACCCUCCCUCCUCUCCCAUCUGACUUCCUGGACCCAGUGGUGUCGAAGGCAGCUUCCUCGGCCGGUCUCACGGGAACGGUGUCCUUGUCUCACUUUGAAGCAUCGGAUAAGCCGAGGAUUUGGUCUCUGGCUCGCACAGCAGCUUCUGGGGUCAUUCUGAGCCCUCAGCAGCAGAACUCUGAGCAGCUGAGGACAGGGAACUCAAGUGGAGACUGCCAGCUCCAGAGCUCCAGGCUUAGCGGGACUCCUGGACAAUGUGGGGGCAUCAGAGGCCUCCAUGAAUCUAGCAGUGUGACCAACACUGAGAGCCCUUUCCCUGAGGGCUCAUCAUUGCACUCAAAGGUCUACGGCACAGGAAGUUACAGCCACAAAGACCUCCAGCUGCACUGUUCUUCCUAUGCUGCACUCCCUGAAACAUGCCAGUAUUCCACUAUUGAAGGUAUGCAUUUCUUAUCCUGUGAUGUUUGCAAUUUACAAAGGUUUAACUGGUCCUCACUCUACAAUUUUGAGAAGUUUUUUGUUGUAAACACAGAUAAAUAUUGAAAUUAAUAUGGCUUAGCACCAAAAUGCAGCAAAAUAAAUAUCAAGAAAAUUUUUAUUUGUUGACACCUAUAAAAAAAAUAAAUAGAUUAUUUUAGAGUCUCUUGUCUAGUUUUGUAAAGAAGUUGCUUCAACGUGUUUUUUGUUUUGGGUGUGCGCAGGAUUCUCUGGUGGCAAAGCAGAGUCACAGCCAUCUGACCUCAGUGAAGCCUGCGGGACCGUGCAGGAUGACAAGGUCACUGCGUUCAGACCAGUGAUGAAGAGGUGAAGCAGGUGAGGGUCUGCACUGAACUGGAAGAAACCAGUGAAGUCAUAUCACACACACACACACAUUCACUGCUAACACGAGGCACAGAAAAACACCAUCUCACACACUUACAGGUGAGAAAGGGACACACUCACAGAAACAGUUGCCUGUUGAUUGUUAAAUAUAAGAUGCUAAAAUGUUUGCUAUCCACCUAAAUAUUAUUUCUGAAAAAUUAUAGGUGACUUUUACACAAACCGCACAGAUUAUGGAUUACUUUUGUGGAAUAACAACCACCAAAAUUUAAGAUGAUAAUUAUAUAUCAACAUACAUGAGUCAUAGAUUAUUCCUUUACCAAUGUGUUUUUUUUAGUUUAUAAUUUCUAUUUUUCUUUUUGGUCUUCUAGAUAGCUGGAAUCUGCACCAUCAUGAAAAAAGGGACAUAUUUUAUGCACUUAAAGGACACACUGGCUGAGCAGUGGCCUCAGUAUUGAAGCUAUGUGACGCUGCAGCAGCAGUGAGAGCUGUCAGACUGUGGACGUGGCUGUCAUUUUGCACAACUUUGUUUCAUAUGGUGUUGAAGACUUUAUGCAAAAAUUCUAAAUGCAAAGGUACGAGGCUGGACAAGAUAAAAAAAGAACAAAAACGGCCGGAUUUGUGUAAGGCAAUCGAGUAGUGUUUAGCAGCCCUAUUUAUUUCUCUGUGUAUUUAUCAUUUGGUUAUGUUGUCUGUUUGUUUGUUGGUUAUUUAAUGUGUUGAUCUUUCAGUGUUUUGUUACAUGUUGCUUUUUACUGUGGCUUCGUGUCAUUUGGCCUGAUGUAAAAGAGAAAUUGUCGUACAUUAUGUUGACCAUAUAAGGAGUUGAUCCCCCUGUGUUGCGCGUGGACCUUAACAGUUUUGUCAUUGUGUUCAAAUGUGAGCUUCGUCUGUGUUUUUUGCCAUUCAAGACAUUUUUUCUAAGAAUACAUUUUUUUUUCCAAGAGCUCUCUCUUUUUUCCUCUGUGUCUGGUUAUUUAUAGAGCCAAUUAAAACAUUUGCGGAUGUGCAUUUGA